UGUGUUAAACACGUCUUGAUUAGUGACCUUGCCAGCUAUGCUCUCAUGAAGGGGCCGCCAGGGCCCCCGUUUCGUCUCGGUAUUGUUCCCUGGAUCAACAAAAAAGUGGUGCAAGUUUGACAUUGAUCAAACAUGCUUCACGCGCUCUCUCAAUCUCGAACCGCCAAUCUUCAGGAUCCGGAAACGGCCGACCAAACAAAAAGCCUUUUCCAUCUUGACUGAAGAGAGUAGAAAGCCUCGCUUGUCCUGCCCAUGAACUUCCACUCCUUCCUGUGUUUGUCAGACAGUCCCCUCCAGAGGUUUAAAGAUGAGACGGGCCCUCGAUUCAAGCGCAUUCCAAGUAAGCCCGCGUGAAUUAGCUUUGGCUGGGCUUUCCUCAAAGAGGAUAGCCAAAUAAGGCCACAUGGAGGACACCAAAGCUCAAGAGCACAUCGUUCAACACGUACAAAUUAACUAGAAGUACCAUCUAUCAGAGAGAGAAGCGGGCCAGUCAGUGAGUGAUACUUUAAGUGAAGAUUCACAAUCCUGAUACCGAGACACCUUCAAGCCAACCUUUGUGGCACUCAUUGGCCUUAUCAAUUUUGGGAAAGUGGACGCUUUUUUUUGACUGGGCUGGCCCGGUCCUUUAAUCACCAUACUUUUUGAUUAGCAAGAACGAAGUGCGCCCAGGGCCAAUGAGAAUCGACCUCUCCAAGGUGUCGGUUUACCAGAAGUGCUGCUCCGUUAGAAAGUUGUCUACCAUCUCACUAGAAUGUCUGGAGUGCAUCCCACGAUGAAACUGUUUUGCAUUUUCAUGGGUAUUAUGUUCAGUGUUACCGCCUUUCUGUGGAAUGUCAUCAUCCUUUACGUUUUGAGUCAAACGAAUCCCAAUGAUGAUGAAUUGCUCAGAGCCAGAUAUUUGGACAUUGCCUUAGGCAUUCUGGGCUUCUCUUCCGCAUUAGCCUUGACUUUUGGCACUGUUGUGGAGAAUCGACUGUGGUUGGUCGGUUGGUUUCUAGGCUCUUGCAUUGUGGUGAUCACUUAUUGGAUCAAAUAUGUCUCCUUACACUUUGACAUGAUCUUGAGUCCGGAGUCAUUGGAUCAGUUCCGCCUGGGUCUCAUCAUAUUGACUGCUCUGUAUGGCAUCUCUACUCUUAUAAUUGUGAUCUACUUUAAAAAUUUGGAACCGCUUAGUCCAAGAAUCCACCACGUGUUUAUUGAAUGGCAAUCAUGGCCUUUGAUAUGGCCUUUUAUCUCUGCGCACAGAUCUUCGUCCGAAAAACAGACUUCAACUGAGAGACAAACAAAGGCCAAGCCAGCUUACUCAAACAUGCCCCACUGCCAAGAACUCGGACGACGUGAGGAAUUGUAUCAUCCCGUUUGAACUGGUCAAAAGUGUACUUAAGUCGGUCCAUUGGUGUGAAUGCAAUGGUGCACUAAUUUCCACAAAACUGAGUUGAACUCGAACACAAAUCAGCGGAUUGUAAUUUUCCACCGAGUCACUGCAUUUUCUACUUUCAUUACGAUCACAACUUCGUCUAUCAGAAAUAAAAUAAUACAACAAAAAUUGA